AUGAAAGGUCUUUUCAAGUCCAAACCUCGUACUCCCGCUGACCUUGUCCGACAGACGCGCGAUCUCCUUCUCUACGUCGAUCGAUCUAACUCUUUGCCUGACCUUCGAGAAUCCAAACGCGAGGAAAAGAUGGCGGAACUAAGCCGGAAUAUCCGUGAUAUGAAGUCGAUUCUCUAUGGAAACAGCGAGGCUGAGCCUGUAGCUGAAGCUUGUGCACAAUUGACUCAAGAAUUCUUUAAAGAGGAUACUCUACGCCUCUUGAUUACAUGUCUUCCCAAACUCAACUUGGAGACCAGGAAAGAUGCUACACAAGUUGUUGCAAAUCUACAGAGGCAACAAGUUAAUUCACGUUUGAUUGCGUCUGAUUAUCUAGAAGCCAAUAUCGAUCUCAUGGAUAUUCUGAUAGAAGGCUUCGAGAACACAGACAUGGCUUUACAUUAUGGUGCUAUGUUUAGGGAGUGCAUCCGCCAUCAGGUUGUUGCCAAAUAUGUUUUGGAGUCUGAGCAUGUGAAGAAGUUCUUCGAUUACAUUCAGCUUCCUAAUUUCGAUAUUGCUGCCGAUGCUGCUGCAACUUUUAAGGAACUGCUGACAAGGCAUAAGUCUACCGUUGCCGAGUUUCUCACCAAGAACGAAGACUGGUUUUUCGCGGACUACAACUCAAAGCUUCUUGAAUCAAGUAAUUAUAUAACCAGACGGCAAGCUAUUAAGUUGUUGGGUGAUAUAUUACUGGAUCGAUCAAAUUCAGCUGUGAUGACAAAAUAUGCGAGCUCAAUGGAUAACUUGAGGAUUCUCAUGAAUCUUCUGAGAGAGUCGAGCAAGAGUAUCCAGAUAGAAGCAUUCCAUGUUUUCAAGCUGUUUGUAGCAAAUCAAAACAAGCCUGGAGAUAUAGUCAACAUUCUGGUGGCAAACAGAAGCAAGCUUCUGAGAUUAUUGGCUGAUUUGAAACCAGACAAAGAGGACGAGCGGUUUGAAGCAGACAAAAGUCAGGUUCUGAGAGAAAUCGCAGCCCUUGAGCCGCGAGAUCGUGCUUGA